AUCCGAUGAUCCGAUAGUGACAUUCGUAAUUGUGUAGAUGUAGAAUAUAAUGAUUUAUUCUUUAAUUAAUAGUUAGAUAGGUACCACGUCCGUCUGGUUAACUUCGGAACAAUAAUCAAACCGGAUUUAAGAUAAAAUGUGAUAAACAUUAUGAACUAGAUUUCUUAAACCCUCAAGUACUUGAUGAACGAAAUUAAAUAACGGAAGCGCCACUAUCAGAGACUUCGUACAUAACAGUUAAAAAUAAUAAUAAGGCACAGAAUAAACAGACUGCCGUAUGAUAUGGAACUGCAAAGUUGAGUGCACUAUUUCAUAGAUUUGGAAUAAUGCAUCCUGCCACAGAAGAUACAAAAGCUGGACAGUCCUGUGUCGUGCUAACAAAAGAAGGACCUAUACGCGGUUAUAUUGACAAAAAUGAUGAGGGAACCUGCUACAAUUUCAAGGGCAUACCUUAUGCUAAACCUCCUAUUGGAACAUUAAGAUUUAUGCCACCUCAACCUAUUGCUCCAUGGACUGAAGAACUAGACUGCACAGUUGAUACUCCAAUGCCAAUAUGUGUUGGCCGAGAGUGGAAAAUGAUUGGUUCAGAGGACUGUCUAUACCUGGAGGUCAUCACUCCCAAUAUCAAACCUAAGAAUCCUAUGCCUGUGAUGUUUCUAAUGCCCAGUUUUGGAUUUGGAUUUCGUAUAGACGAGUUAUAUGAUGCAUCAUUAAUAACUAAUCAGGAUGUUGUCUUUGUGAAUUGUAAUGGAAGACUGGGGCCAUUUGGCUUCUUGUCUAUCAAUGAUAUAUCUGCGCCAGGUAACAAUGGACUGAAAGACUUAGUAAUGGGUCUGAAGUGGAUUCAGAGAAACAUACAUGUCUUUGGAGGAGAUCCAGAGAAUGUCACUAUAUUUGGUUCAUGUUCAGGUGGUUCUAUGGUGCAUUUUAUGAUGCUUUCACCAAUGGCUAGUGGGCUAUUCCAUAAAGCCAUAAUUCAAAGCGCCACUGCUUUAAAUAAUUGGUCUUUAGAUAGGAACCCAACUUCCGUAGUGACAGAACUAGCGAUGAAGAUGGGCAUACAAACAAGCUGCAUGGUUACAAUCAUCGAGAAAAUCAAGAAUAGUCCAAUCAAUGAAAUCAUAGCUGCCUGGAAGUCAAUGGUUGAAGACCGAAGUAAAAUGUUUGAAGGUAAUUUUUUGGAUUCAGUCUUUAAGCCCUGUAUUGAAGAAGAGUUUGAGGGCCAACCAGCAUUUCUUACACGAAGCCCAACAUUGAUAGUUAAAUCUGGAAAUAUCAAUAAGGUGCCUUUUAUAAUUGGAAUCAAUGAUAAAGAAGGAGAAUUUAUACGCUUUUUUAAUGCCAAUUUCUAUGAUUACAAAAAGAUAACUGAAAAUGUGAGACUUAUGGUUCCAAAACCAAUUGCAGUAGAAGAUAAUUUAGAUCGGGUGAUAGGGCAAAAGAUCUUGGACUUUUACUCCGGUGAGGAAGAUUUUAUGAAUGAGGAUAGUAAAGACCAAUAUCUACAAAUUACUAGCGACUUCUUUUUUAUAUACCAUGUAACCAAAACGGUCCAACUGCACACAACCUUUGCACCAGAAUGUCCAAUAUUCUACUAUAUAUUAACCCAAGCCGGAGAAUGGAGAUUGCCAAAGGAUUUGGAGUUCUUUAAUAGUGUUGGACACCAUGCAGAGAUACCUUACAUAUUCCGUCUGGCAAUCGCGGGCUCUCCACCAUGCAAGGGCAGUCGCGACUCUGUUACAACUAGAAGCAGAGUUGUCAAAAUGUGGACUAAUUUUGCGAAAUAUGGAAACCCAACACCCGACGAGAAUGAUCCACUUCUACAGAUUAAAUGGGACCCAGUAGAAAAUGCUAAUAAAUUGAAUUAUUUAAAUAUCGGAUCUGAACUCACCAAAGGAAGAAAUCCGUUCAGGGACAGAAUGGCGUUUUGGGACGACCUGCUCUCCCAACAUCAGUUCCUGAAAAUACUGAGUUUCUUCCAGGAUUUUGGGAUGGCUUGCUAAUAUGAAUAUAUCUACAAUAAAGCCCGCUUAACCCUUUGACCGUUAAAGGCAUAACGCGCGCGACUACAGCUCAAUAACCGGAUCCACAUAGAGCGAGGCACGUCGCGAGUCACGAGGCAAUGUGCUCGCGCAGCAAACGUCCAUCUUAGACGUGCCUUGACCGGCCGAGGCACGUCUGUUACACAUCAUGUCUGCCGCGCGAGGAUAUUGCCUCGUGACGCGCCUAGCUCUGUGGACCCAGCUACUUAUUUGAACAAGAUUCUAUAACGCGCUGCAAAAUACAGGGAAAACGUUCAAAGGGUUGUGCUACAUUGACAAUCUUGCCAAGACUUGUUUGAGUGCCUUUUACACGCUUGCAAGUAAGUUAUUGUAUUCCAUUUGUGUUCAAAAAACUACUUACAUUGGCUCUGCAACUCGCUUAUGCCAGGCUAUACAUCCACCGAAUACAUUUAGUACUAAGUUGAUUUUCAUUAAUGCACGACUGAAAUUGCCCGGACCAAUUAAAUAUAAAAUGAUAGAUUAAGAAAUGGUGUUCUGCGGGUUCCACAUUUUAAAUAUUCUUGUCAUCGAAUUAAGAAACUUCAAUAUUCGACUCGCGGGACUUACCGAGCGAGCGUUACUUAAACACGUGAUUUUUACCAGGCCCGGAAUUAGAUGUUGAUGUUAUAUCUAUUUGGCCGGGCCACACACCGAUUAGCCUCGCGAGGCAUAUUCCUCGGCCUAAGCACGGCGCACGUCAGCUUAGAAACUGUUACAUUCCAAUAAAUGGCUCAAAGUUAAAUUUACUGAUCACUAAUGUACAAAUUAAAACGUAAGAGAAAUGAAAAUGACAUAUUGUGUGCUAUUAUAUGAUUCGUUUAUACCUACUUACUGUUUUUUUAAAUAUAUUUACAUUUGUUAUUUU